AUGAAGCUUAAGAAUUUCUACAUUAUUUAUGCAAUUCCAUAUAGCAUUAAAAUAAACACUAGUACAAAAAGAAAAGCAAAAAACAAAUUUGACGAAUCCUUGGAACAACCUUCAAAAGAAAAGUUAUUUUCAUGGUUGAAUAAAAAAGAAAGCGACAAGACGAUUUGUGGUCUAGGAGACUUGGUCAUGACAGUUUUGUUUCCUUGUUAUCAAACGAAUCACUUUCGAUUAGUAUUGUUCGAAGACGGUGUCAAGGCAAUGGAACUGCCUAGCUUAGUCAGAAGAAUGCGUCUUGCAAAUUUAUUCCGAAAAGUGUUGAAUAAUAAAAGAUUUAAAAUAUGGGACACGGGUGGUGUGGUUGAAUUGCGCGAGAACAUGUUGAGUAGUUAA